UUGACGCCGCUUGAUUAUUAAAACUGCCAUUAAAGAAAAUAACCCAAAGUGUGAUAUGAAAUUUUACGCCCAAAUUGCUUUCUUGAAGUGACAGCGAUGGUAAUUUCUUACGUUUGAGUUCGCCUGUGAAGGGAUUUCCGUCUGAAAAGAACUGUUGCAACCUAAACAUUUUCCAUAUUUGCAUCUGCCUGAGUAAAACUACUGCAGUUUGUUUCAGCUCGGGCUCUACGGUACGGAGGGAGGCUAGCUAACGUUACGGAGGCGAGCCGAAUUGCGGUGGACUGGAGACAAUUUUAUUUUGCAGCAACAAAGUCCUGUCCACACAUGAACUAUUGGAGUAUUUAGCAUGUGAAUCAGCCCAUCUCUGAAGGAAGGCCAGUCCCGAAACAUCUCUUCACACAAAACUAUCUUGGAGGAUAGCCUACCGACACCAUGGCGAGCAGGAGGAAGUCAACGACACCGUGUAUGGUCCUACCUUCAGCUAACAUGGUGGAAGAGCAGGAAACUGACAUGGAGGUGUUGGCAGAAAAGAAUGGAGCAGAGAAUUCUGCAGAGGGGCCUGGGGAAGCAGCUUCGGUCUCCACAGAGGCAGAGACAGAAUGUGACGUUGGUCUGUCCGGUGGAGAAGACGGUGCUGGCCGCGCGGUGGUCAAACGCAGCAACCCGCCCACCCUGGAGCAGACGGUCAGCGAGCUCCUCUCGGAGGGCGGGUACACAGAGCAGGAGACGGGGGACGGCGAGGACCCCAAUGCGCCAGCAGGAAUCUCGCUCAGCAAAACUCCCAUCAUGAAAAUGAGGGGCAAGUCGGAAGCCAAGAGGAUAUCCACUUUUGUGAAAGCAGUGGAGGAGGCCGACGGGUUCGGCGAGAGCGAGGGGGAACAGGAGCUUAUAGAAGCCCCUCUUGGUCCACUCCUUCCCGGGGAGAUCCCACAUUACACAGAUCCCAUGAAACAUAGUGUGGUUGUUAACAUCCCCAGCGCUGUUUCGUCAGAGCCGAAGAAGUCUGUCCUCGGCUCCAGUCUGUCUGGACUCCAGCUGCCAGCUGGUCUGGCCCAGGUUCUCUCCGCACUGCAGGCCCAGCAGAGUGCCCAAGCCCAGCUCCUCAUCCCUGUCAGCAGUAUCCCUUCCUACAACCAGUCUAUGGACACCAACGUGGUACUGGUUAAUACCUACAAGAAGUUCCCGUACCCUUCGGUGGCAGAGAUCUUGGGACUGUCUGCACAGACCAAGUUCAGCGAGGAGCAGAUAAAGAUCUGGUUCUCGGCACAGCGUCUGAAGCAUGGAGUUAGCUGGACCCCUGAGGAGGUUGAGGAGGCCAGGAGGAAGCAGUUCAAUGGGACUGUGCAUACGGUACCUCAGACCAUCACUGUCAUCCCAGCGCACCAUCUUUCCGCGGCCAACGGUCUCCAGUCCAUCCUACAGACGUGCCAGAUAGUGGGCCAACCCGGCCUGGUCUUCACACAGGUCGGCACGCCUGUGACCACACCCAUCACCUUGACCGUGGCAGGGAUGCCGAGCCACAGCCAGAACCCCAAAAUGUCCUCCCACCAGAACACUCCCUCCGUUAGUGAGAUGAAGAGGGCCACGACCGUCCAGCCGCCCUCUCUGACCCCGCAGGAGAACUCCGCUCUCAACGCGGACCACUUCGGGAUGCGGCCCAAAAAAUCCAAGGAGCAGCUGGCUGAGCUGAAGGCCAGCUACCUGAAGAACCACUUUGCCAGCGACGCCGAGAUCGCCCGGCUAAUGAAGCUGACCGGACUCACCAAAGGGGAGAUAAAGAAGUGGUUCAGCGACACGCGCUACAACCAGCGCAACUCUAAGAACAGCCACGUCAUCGUGUUCCACGACAACCACAGUCCCAAGGGGCACAGUAGCAACGCCCCCAUUGUCAUCGACUCCAGUGACGAGACGCCUCAGUCGCCAUCGCCCACACUGCCCGUCAAAGAGAGAGAGACGCGCCCCAAAACCUGGAACCCGUUUCCCGACUUCACUCUGCAGAAGUUCAAGGAGAAGACUCCGGAGCAGCUGGUGGUCCUGGAGGAGAGCUACCGGAAGGGCAUCACCCCGUCUGACGACGAGCUGACUCGGCUGAGGACCGAAACCAAGCUGACCCGGCGGGAGAUCGACGCCUGGUUCACAGAGAAACGGAAGGCCGCCGAGGCCGACUCGCCGGAGCUGAAAGCGGAGCGGUCGGCGGGCGAGGCCGUCUCGUCCAGAAGAGGUUCUCAGACUCCACCAGGUGGCCGGCGACCGAGCAGGGCGGCGGACAGGGGUGUCGGAAAGAAGACGCCGGAACAGCUCCAUGUCCUGAAGAACGCCUUUGUGCGCACCCAGUGGCCGUCGGCGGAGGAGUACGACAAGCUGGCGGAGGAGAGCGGGCUGCCCCGGGCCUACGUGGUCAACUGGUUCGGAGACACCCGCUACUCCUUCAAGAAUGGCAACCUGAAGUGGUUCUUCCACUACCAGAGCGGCAACGUGGAGGGGCUGAACGGCAACAGGAACAGGAAGCGGAGGAUACGCAACCGAGGCUGGGGCGGGAGGUCCCGGAGCCGGAAGCUGAAGAGGUCUGCCAGCGCGGAGAAGUCGCCGCCGUCCGCCCUCAAGUUCAAAUCCGGGAAAGACAUUCUGAAGGAGUAUUACCUGAAGCACAAGUUCCUGAACGAGCAGGAUUUGGACGAACUUGUAGCCAAGUCCAGCAUGGGGUACGAGCAGGUGAGGGAGUGGUUUGCCGAAGUCCACCGGAGAGAAGACAUGGGCGCUGACCUGUUUGGAGAUGUGGCCGCGACCGAGAACCUGGAGGACGAAGACGACGAGGAGUUGUUACAGGCUGACCCUGAGCUGGCAGCUGAGGAGCAGGAUAAAACAGUGGUGGGGGAGGAGGAGGAGGAGGACGAGGAGGAGGAGGAGGAUGUCCAUACUGAUAGUGAUUCCUGGGAGCCCUCUCAGGGCGUCAGGAAGCCACGGUCUGGUGCCGAAGACUAGGUUUAGACAUCUGGGUUGUGUUUGUUUUUUUAAGCACCAAAACCGACUCAAACAGGGACUUGUCCAAUUAGAAAUGUCCAUAUUUUCUAUUUCUGUUGCAGAGCAUUUUGCUUCGGUGUGCCCAAAUGAACAUGACCUUGGAUUUAGUUAAACAGCACAAACUUAUUUUGAUUUCUCUUUUAUGUUGGAAAGGGUACCGUCUGAAUUCAAGACUCAGUGAGAAUGCCCUACAGAUACAAACGAUAUGUGCACCUUUUUAGACAAACUCCAGUGUCUUGAAUUAAAUGCAUUUCAAAGUAAUGGUAUUUGAUACGAUGGUAUUCGAAAACAUUUGACUCUGUUAAUCAACUAAAUGAUGUUUGUGCAAUUGGGUCUUUUUAUUUUUUAUUGGCCAGAUACUCUCAUGUUGUUGUUGUUAUUAUUAUUAUUAUUAUUAUUAUAAUAGAGAGAAAUAACGGUAAGUCCAUUUUUGGAAAGUAUUUUGAUUAUAAUUUGAACUCUAAUUCAAAUUCUAGGCUUUCAAUUUGAAUUGAUUAGAAGAAUUGCGGUGCCAAAGCUAAUAUUGAAUGUGAUGGUUCCUUGUGCUGAAAAUGUGUUAGUUAAUCAUAGUGUUUUGUACAUACUGGUGCUUCUCCAGAGGAUCUGACAGUUUAGUACUUAAGUCGUGCACUACUGCCACGUAUCUGUAUUAACAUGUCGUGGGAUUUGACUUGAUCAGGCACCUUAAAAUCUCACUGACCAUUUAAUGGCUUUGAGAACAAAUCUGUUUUAUAUUAGACCUUUUUGAAUGCUGUACGAUAAAGUAUUUUUGCCUUGAUUGCCCUUCUCUGAAAUGAUUGUAUUUUCACAAGGCUGCACCUUACUGACAUCCCUGUCGCCCGGAGUUAUUGAUAAGUCUAACUUGGAUAUUGAUACGGCGCAACAAGAAAAUCGAUGAACAAUGUGGCCUAGUACAGCCGGCACAAAUGUGGGUCCCUUUUCCAAUCAUGUGUAACUGUGCGCUUGAAAAUGUGUACGAGUUGUUUGUAUUAUGAUUAUGUAAAACCAAUGUUUUCCAAUUGAGCACUUGGCAAGUGGCUGUUUUCAAUCAAUGUAUGCCCCCCCCCCCCCAAAAAAAAAAUAUAUGCUGACAACGCUGCCCUCUAGUGUCAUUUAAAUGCCAAGAUGAUGUUUCUCACUGUUGUGGGCCGCCUGUGAGCCAUGUCCUGUACUCUUAACUGGGAUGUAGCCUGUCCCAACCUGAUGACCUAUCGUCACCCUGCUUUUCAAAGUUCUGCUCACCUUGUGUUCUGCAGUCUAGUUAUCUAACAUUGAAACCUAGAGGCUGUUGGACUCGGGAACCUUUUGAAGAGCCAAUCAAACUUGAGUGCCUGUAUGGCCCAUGCUUUUUAUUUAUUUUAUUUUUUUAUAGAACUUUUUAAUUGAUGUGAGGGAGAGAUCAUGUUGCAAUCCUUUGUGCUCAUUAACAAUUUGAAGUGGGAAAAGCCUGUGUGAAUUGUUGAAUGUUUUCAUGAACAGUUAGCCUAUUUGUACCAUAACUACCCUAAAAGAGGCACAACUAUGAAUUUGAAGUUGAACUGAGACAUCUGUGUACUGCAUGCAAUAACCACCAGACAGGAGAUGAGAGAACUUGUAUUUUGUACAGAUAGCCUUUUAUGCUCUUGUAUUGGACAAGUUGUUUCUAAUGGUUUUAUAUGUUUCUAUUUAUGAUUACAAUCAACCCUGGCAGUGUUGACUUCAACCAAUAGCUUGAAUGGCUUUUACUAUUAUUGUCUACAACAGUUUUUACAAAUGUCUCCUGUAGAUUCCGAUUUCUGCAAUGUUGCUUUUUUGGUGACAUUCAGUUUGAAACACUUGUGUAUCUACGUUCUCUUGUUCAAUAGAGGUGACAUUGUGGACACAGUACAUUACCUUUGUUCUAGUACAAUCAUUCUUGUCCUCUUUGCUAUUACUCAAUAUUUAGGAGCUUGUUUAAAUGUAACAUAUAGCAGUUUAAUACUCAACUUAACAUGUGGUUAGAAGUUUCUCCUUUUGAGAUUGUGUCAGUAGAUCAGCUGUUUUUACUUUUUAAAAUGUCUUUACAGAUUCACCAACAUACUUUAGUCUGUUAAUAUAGUCUUUUGCUUACUACAGUGCUAACAUACAUUGGAGAAAGUAAAUUCUCCUUUCACUUACUGUAUUUAUUAACCGUUAGCAAUGAGAACCUUUGUUGCAAUGUUGGUUUCUGUUAUUCUGUUACGGUGCUUUGGAAAAAGUCAGAAUGUUUUGUUGCAAACCUGGAAUGGUAUGCCAAGGAAUAUGUUGUGUUUAGAAUAGCUUUGAAGUUGAAAACUCAGUGUUAAGAAGCUUUAGUCCUCUGAGCCAUAGACUUUUGUGAAAUGCUUUUUAAUUUAAAUAAAACAGUUUUUUGAGGCUGUG